GGACCCAGCCAACAAGAUACAACAAGAACAGAAUGUGCUGGGUGCAAGGCCUGAGCCCAGUGAGGGAGUCUGACUCCACUCCCAUGCCCAGAUAUAUCUGACUUGAGCUCCUACCCCUUAAAGAGUUGAUUUUCCAAGUGCCUCUGCUGUGCCCUGCUUCCUGUGUAUCCUUGGCCAUAGUUUAAAAGUAAAAAACUGGUUGCAAUGGCAGGAGGCCCCUAUAGAAUCAAGGAGGAGAUGGAAAUGUCCAUGGCUGAAGAGCUGGUUCCUGGAAGCUGUGUGCAAAGCCAAGAGCACCUAGUGAUAGCAGAAAUGAAGGAGCGUGGAUCCCAGCCCUUGGGUGCCUCUCAUUGGCGACAAAAAUUGGAUUCAAAGGCUGCUGACUCUGGUUCAGGCCAACCAGUUUGGAAUAAGACUGCCACCCGGGCCAAGAAAAUGGGGCCCCAGGUGUCAAUACCCAGAGUGUUGAAAGAACCAGACCAUGGUGAUGCCAACCCCUGGGAGUAUCCUGGUGGCUUCCAAAGCAGGAGAUUCCAUUAUGAGCGCAACCCAGAGGCAGAUAUGGUGGCAGAGAUUGGCCUGGAAGAGCUAAAUGAACUAGAGAUGGAAGUUAUGAGAAGGCAGCUGCACGUGAUCACCUGCCAGCUGCGAGCCCUGGAGGAACAGGGUGCCACCUGGCGCCACAGGGAAACUCUGUUCUUCACCAUGCUGAUGUCAGCCUGUGUCGUCAACCUGUGGCUGUGGAUGCGCCAGUGAUGCUUCCUGCUUCCUGAGACUUCUUCUCCUUCCUUUUCUUCCCUUUUCUCCCUGGGCCACCCUUGCGCAUCCUCCUUCCAUCUCCCAGCAGCUCUUAGCAGCAUCAGGGCCAUUUUCCAACUCUGGUUACACCCUUGGCCCGGGGAGGCCCUGGCUGCUGGGAGGUAGAGGUCUGAAUGGGCUGAGGCGCAGCCACUUUGGAAGGUGAGGAGGGUGGCAUGUGGCCCCCACAGAGGCAGGUGCUUCCUGCUUGUCCAUCACAGCUCCAUGGUGACCAUCUCAGAGCUAAACCUUGCCUCUUUGCCCUAAGAGUCCCUUCUGUUCCAUCCUUUGUGGCAGGGACUUGGCUGUCUGUGUCUUCCCAGUUUUCUCCAUGUUGUGUAUGGGACUCUGCAUAGAGAACAUGCUCAAUAAAAGUUCACUGAUAACAGCAAA